UCCAACUCAAAAUGCCCAUUUCUCUCUUCAUCGACGAAACAAAUAUUGCUAAAUUCCUUCUUAUCUUCAUCUUGCUUUUACUUCCAAACAGCAUCAAAUAAACAUCAACAUGCAGUGGACACUAACAUGUAGAGUUAGCGGCAGAGUUUCAUGUUUUUUCACUACAGAUGACUAUAAAAUGGCUUCAUUACCUCACGUGUCAAUGAGAAAAAGUAGUAUUCAACAUAGAAAUUUAUUGCAUGAAAGUGAAAAUUUUAGUAAAACCGGACAACUAAACGAUCCAAUGGUGAAGGACAAAGAUGGGAUUCAGCUUGGAAAUCAGUAUAAUGAUUCAAAUUGGUCACUCUCAAUGGAUGAAGAUUACAUAGUAUUUUGCUUCGGAGAAGAUGGAUCAUUUGAUGUUGUUAAAGAAGUCAAAUCCAAUUAUGCCGAUGACGAAGAACUACAAGAAGAAACUGAUAAGCAGAUGCAUGGGAAUAGAUCAAAUGAUGAUGAACAAUAUCAAAAUUGUACAGAAUUCUUUAAAGAGGAAGAGAUAAAAGAGAUGGAAACAGAGCGAAUCCGAGAAGGAAUUGAUGAGUUUGGAAGAUUGUAUCCUGAAUUAAGUGAUUCUAACCGAUCUGAAGGCAGUAAUGGUUCUUUUGCAUUCCCUGUGUUAAAUUGGGAGUGGAUGGGAAGCCCUGUAAAGAUGCCUAAGUCAGAAGAUAUUUGUCAAAAGAAGCAAAAGAUCCGAUUUAUUCCAUUUCAGUGCUGUCGAUUCUGAUCAUGACUCCAGAUUUUCCCAUUUUUUUCACAAAUGAAUGCUUCUGUUUAGUGAAUAAUAAGCUAGAAAUAUAAUUUACCAUUUCUUCUUCUUGUCAAAACAUAAAUAACGAAUUAAGUUUAUCAAAUAGACCGAAGAGUUUGGUUAAGUUUUUUUUCUUUUUUUUUUUACUUUUACUUUAGCAUAUCUAUCAUGCAGCUUGAAUGAUGAGAUAUAUACAUCUUUAUAAAAUAUUGUUCAUAUUGUUAUUGAAUAUAGAACUUCUUAGAAUAAAAAAAAUUGUAAAAUGAUAAAAACGAUAUGAGGAACUUAUU